AUGCCACCCAACAGGCCACCAACCACCCAGCAACCACCCAACAGGCCACCAACCACCCAGCAACCACCCAGCAACCACCCAGCAACCAAACAACCAACCACCCAGCAACCACCCACCAACCACCCAGCAACCAAACAACCAACCACCCAGCAACCACCCAGCAACCACCCAGCAACCACCCACAAACAACCAACCACCCAGCAACCAAACAACCAACCACACAGCAACCAAACAACCAACCACCCAGCGACCAAACAAUCAACCACCCAGCAACCACCCAGCAACCAAACAAUCAACCACCCAGCAACCACCCAGCAACCAACCACAAACAACCAACCACCCAGCAACCACCCAACAGGCCACCAACCACCCAGCAACCACCCAGCAACCAACCACAAACAACCAACCACCCAGCAACCACCCAACAGGCCACCAACCACCCAGCAACCACCCAGCAACCACCCAGCAACCAACCACAAACAACCAACCACCCAGCAACCACCCAACAGGCCACCAACCACCCAGCAACCACCCAGAAACCACCCAACAGGACAUCAACCACCCAGCAACAACCCAGCAACCACCCAACAGGCCACCAACCACCCAGCAACCACCCAGCAACCACCCAACAGGCCACCAACCACCCAGCAACCACCCAACAGGCCACCAACCACCCAGCAACCAAACAACCAACCACCCAGCAACCAAACAACCAUCAACCACCCAGCAACCAAACAACCAACCACCCAGCAACCAAACAACCAACCACCCAUAGACGCUGGAGGAUACGCUGGAGGAAGAUACGCUGGAGGAAGAUACGCUGGAGGAAGAUACGCUGGAGGAGGAUACGCUGGAGGAGGAUACGCUGGAGGAGGAUACGGUGGAGGAGGAGACGCUGGAGGAGGAGACGCUGGAGGAGGAGACGCUGGAGGAGGAGACGCUGGAGUAGGAUACGCUGUAGGAGGAUACGCUGAAGGAGGAUACGCUGGAGGAGGAGACGCUGGAGGAUACGCUGGAGGAGGAUACGCUGGAGGAGGAUACGCUGGAGGAGGAUACGCUGGAGGAGGAGACGCUGAAGGAGGAUACGCUGGAGGAGGAUACGCUGGAGGAGGAUACGCUGGAGGGUGGAGGAUACGCUGGAGGAGGAUACGCUGGAGGAGGAUACGCUGGAGGAGGAUACGCUGGAGGAGGAUACGCUGGAGGAGACGCUGGAGGAGGAUACACUGGAGGAAAAAUACGCUGAAGGAGGAUACGCUGAAGGAGGAUACGCUGGAGGAGGAGACGCUGGAGGAGGAAACGCUGGAGGAGAAUACGCUGAAGGAGGAUACGCUGAAGGAGGAUACACUGGAGGAGGAGACGCUGGAGGAGGAGACGCUGGAGAAGGAAACGCUGGAGAAGGAAACGCUGAAGGAGGAUACGCUGGAGGAGGAUACGCUGGAGGAGGAUACGCUGGAGGAGAUGUACUCUGUCAGGGAGCUACCCUCUCAGUACUCUGUCAGGGAGCUACCCUCUCAGUACUCUGUCAGGGAGCUACCCUCUCAGUACUCUGUCAGGGAGCUACCCUCUCAGUACUCCGUCAGGGAGCUACCCUCUCAGUACUCUGUCAGGGAGCUACCCUCUCAGUACUCUGUCAGGGAGUUACCCUCUCAGUACUCUGUCAGGAAGAUACCCUCUCACUACUCUGUCAGGGAGCUACCCUCUCAGUACUCUGUCAGGGAGCUACCCUCUCACUACUCUGUCAGGGAGCUACCCUCUCAGUACUCUGUCAGGGAGCUACUCUCUCAGUACUCUGUCAGGGAGCUACCCUCUCAGUACUCUGUCAGGGAGCUACCCUCUCAGUACUCUGUCAGGGAGCUACCCUCUCAGUACUCUGUCAGGGAGCUACCCUCUCAGUACUCUGUCAGGGAGCUACCCUCUCAGUACUCUGUCAGGGAGCUACCCUCUCACUACUCUGUCAGGGAGCUACCCUCUCAGUACUCUGUCAGGGAGCUACCCUCUCAGUACUCUGUCAGGGAGCUACCCUCUCACUACUCUGUCAGGGAGCUACCCUCUCAGUACUCUGUCAGGGAGCUACUCUCUCAGUACUCUGUCAGGGAGCUACCCUCUCAGUACUCUGUCAGGGAGCUACCCUCUCAGUACUCUGUCAGGGAGCUACCCUCUCAGUACUCUGUCAGGGAGCUACCCUCUCAGUACUCUGUCAGGGAGCUACCCUCUCAGUACUCUGUCAGGGAGCUACCCUCUCACUACUCUGUCAGGGAGCUACCCUCUCACUACUCUGUCAGGGAGCUACCCUCUCACUACUCUGUCAGGGAGCUACCCUCUCACUACUCUGUCAGGGAGCUACCCUCUCACUACUCUGGUCACGGUGUUCUCACUCUGAGGAAGCCCAGGUCGUUACUCUGCCUCACCUGUUUGAGGACCAAUCCCAUGACCUUUGACCUGUUGACCAACUUCCUGCCCCGGAGAGCAGAAGUUCCUAACCCAGGAUUUGAGAGGGAGAUGACGUGUCGGUCGUGGGGCCAGUAUAACUACGAGACGUUUGAUGGGCUGUACUAUCACCUUCCUGGGAGAUGUACCUACACUCUGCUGAGAGACUGUGAAGACACCAGCCAGGCCAGCAUUCUCAUACAGGUCCACAAUGACCCAGACUGCCGCUCGUCUCCCUACUCCUGCACGCGCUCAGUCAGUCUCUUCCUGCCCUGGGAAGGAGAGAUCAGGCUGCACAGGUCCAAAGUCACCUUCAAGGGACAGAGUGUUCAGCUGCCUCACCACAUCCAUGAAGUGGAGCUGGAGAGGAUCUCCCGCUAUGUCUUGGUGACCCAGCAACAUGGCUUCACCCUGGCCUGGGACGGACACAGUGGCUCUGUUUACAUCAAGCUGAGCCCAGAGUGGGUGGGCAGGACCUGCGGUCUGUGCGGCAACUUCAACGCAGACGUACAGGAUGACCUGAAGACCAGCUACGGUGUGGUGACGGAGGACCUGUCCAUGUUUGGGAACAGCUGGGUGGAGGAGGAGCUUCACCAGGUCAGGUGUCCCAUGGUGCCCUCCAUGUUCCCCUCGCCCUGCGCCUCACGUGACCCACACAUACUACUGAAAGUGGAGGAGGUGUGUGCAAUGCUUCUGGAGGAACCUUUUACAGGCUGUCAUGAGUUUGUCAGUCCUCUGUCUUACAUGGCUAGCUGCUCCAACGACCUCUGUCUGUCGGGUCCCAACGGUGAUGUGGUAUGCCAGGUGUUCACGGAGUAUGCCCGGGCCUGUGCCCACGCCGACCACCCACUGAAGGACUGGAGGACUCACAUACCACAGUGUGCGAUGCCGUGUCCUCCGGGUCUGCAGUAUAAGGAGUGCAUCACCUGCUGCCCUGUGUCCUGUAACGUGGACAGAAUGUGUAUCGACAACAAGCUGCAGUGUCUAGACGGAUGCUACUGCCCAGAUGACCUGAUCUAUGAGGAGGGAAGUUGUGUGAAGGCCUCAGACUGUCCCUGUGAAUACCACGGCAUGGUCUACCCCUCCGGACAGACCGUUCAGGAGGAGUGUAACAACUGCACGUGUGUGGGGGGCGUGUGGAACUGCACAGAGUACAGCUGCCCAGGAGAGUGCUCUGUGACUGGAGACAUGUACUUCCACUCGUUUGAUGGCAGGAUGUUCACCUUCCCAGCUUCCUGUCAGUAUGUCCUGUCUAAGAGUCGUAACUCAGGGAAGUUCACUGUCACCAUUCAGAACGCCCCGUGUGGACCCAAUUUGGACGGGGCUUGUAUCCAAUCAGUCAGCCUGGUCAUGGACGAAGACCCACGGACUGAGAUCACACUGACCCACCUAGGAGAGGUCUUCAUGGCAGGACAGUACCUCAUCUCUCUGCCCUAUUCAGAUGAGGUGUUCCACAUCCAGGAGCUGUCGUCCAUGUUCCUGCAGGUGCGUACUGCUCUGGGUCUGCAUCUGCAGUACAGCUGGAGGGAGUUCCGUCUCUACCUGCUGGUGGAUGACCUGUGGAAGGACGACACGGUGGGGCUCUGUGGAACCUUCAACGGAAACAUCCAGGACGACUUCCUGUCUCCAUCUGGUAUGAUAGAGAGCACCCCUCACCUGUUUGGCAACGCCUGGAGGGUAUCCUCUGCCUGUGUCCCCAGCCAGAGUGUUCCCCAGCUUGACCCAUGUGACACGCAUCAGCAAACAGCAUCCUACGCCUCUGAGAUGUGUGACAUCCUGAACCAGGAGUUGUUCUCAGCGUGUCAUGAGUACCUGAGUCCGGUGCCCUUUCACCAACAGUGUAAAGCAGACACCUGUAAGUGUGGCCAGCCCUGCCUCUGCUCUUCCCUGGCCCACUAUGCUAGACAGUGCAGGAAGUACUCCGUCAUCACAGAGUUCAGAGCCAGCGUACCUGACUGUGAGGUGACAUGCCCAGAUACCAUGGAGUACGGAACCUGUGUGUCGUCGUGCCAACGUCGUUGCUCCGCCCUGUCCAUGCAGCAGCGCUGUGGAGAGGAGUGUGAGGAGGGCUGUGUGUGUCCACACGGCACCUUCUACAGCACACACACACACACCUGUGUGCCCAGGAGCUCCUGUCCCUGUAGUUUCCUGGGGGCGGACUACGCUCCAGGCGAUGUGAUCAUGACAUCAGCAGGUGUACAGGUUUGCCAAGAUGGCAAGCUAGUUUCCCAAAGUCCUGCCAGUGACCAACAGUGUCCACUGGGUCAGAUGUACCUGGACUGUACUGAGGGGCUGGAGGGGCUGAAGGCUAUAGAUGGGAGCAGCCUGGGUAGAGGACUGGGCUGUGAACACACCUGUGAAUCCCACCUGCUCAACCUCACCUGUUCAGCUCAUGAACCGUGCAUCCCUGGCUGUGUCUGUCCCCCUGGGUUGCUGAAACAUGGUGAUGAGUGUUUUGAGCCUGAUGCCUGCCCCUGCAUCUGGAAGGGGAAAGAGUACUAUCCAGGAGAUAGAGUCACCUCCCCUUGUCAUCAAUGUGUCUGCCAGCACGGAACGUUCCAGUGUGUGUUCCAUCCGUGUCCGUCCAUGUGCACAGCCUAUGGGGACCGCCACUACAGGACAUUUGAUGGUCUACUGUUUGACUACGUUGGAGCGUGUAAAGUCUACCUAGUAAAGAGCAGUGCUGAUCUGAUGAUGAGUGUGACGGCUGAGAACGUGGACUGUUACGACAGCGGCGUCAUCUGCAGGAAAUCUCUACUCAUCAACAUUGGUAGAUCUUUCAUUGCGUUCGACGACGACGGUGGCAAACCAAACCCGUCCAGUGUGAUCGACUGGAGGCAGGAGGUGUUCAUAUGGAGCGCUGGGCUCUUCACCGUGGUCCACGUUCCCGAGGAGGACCUGACCGUGCUCUGGGAUCGCAAGACCACGGUCCACAUCCAGGCUGGACCACGCUGGCAGGGCAAGCUGAGCGGUCUGUGUGGGAACUUUGAUCUGAGGACGGUCAAUGAGAUGAGGACACCAGAGAACAUAGACUCUGCCACGCCUCAGGAGUUUGGCAACAGCUGGACGGCAGCUGAGUGUGUUAACAGCCCAGACAUCAGACACCCCUGCAGUCUGAACCCACUGAGGGAGCCGUUCUCCAAGAGGCUGUGUGGAGUCCUGCUCAGCGAGGUCUUCCUAGUCUGCCACCCGGUGGUGGAUGUGACAUGGUUCUAUAUGAACUGUCUGGCUGAUACGUGCGGCUGUAGUCGUGGUGGGGACUGUGACUGUUUCUGUACCAGCGUAGCAGCCUACGCCCACCGAUGCUGUCACCAGGGUGUCACCGUGGACUGGCGGUCCCCGUCGAUCUGCCCCUACGAUUGUGAAUACUACAACAAAGUUCUGGGUAAAGGCCCCUACAGGCUGGUGACCUACAGGGAGAGAGACACGGUGCUGGCAGCCAACAGGUCCAGUGGGACAGUGUUCCCUAAGAAAGGAGACACUAGUGCGGCUGGUUUCCUGUCCCUCUUCAUGAUGACCCCUGGGCUCAGCAGAGCACGUCCACAUGACACUUCCCUGGUGUCGUUCGAGGCGUCCGAUCGGCCCAACUACUUCCUGGCGGUGGACAGCAGCGGCCAUCUUACGCUGACCAAGUGGGAGGAGAGUGAAGCGUUCUGGGACGCGGCUACCUUCACGCUGCACCGUGACACCUGGAUCCAGGGUUAUGAUUCUCUGGAGGCUUUCGCCAGGCCGGGAUUCUUCCUCCACUACAUGCUGUCCUGGGUUCACCUCGUGAAGUACAAACACACUGACGGAUUCCGCAAAGCCACGCUCUUCAAACUGACAGGCCCUGGUCCAGACAGCCCUACGGGUCCUAAGUGCCAGUGGAGGUAUGAGUCGUGUGUCAGCCCCUGCUUCAGGACUUGCAGUGACCCCUCGGGGGAGGCAUGUGGUACCGUUCCAAAAGUGGAGGGAUGUCUGCCUCUGUGUCAUGGUCACAUGGUGCUGGAUGAGGUCACUCAGAGAUGUGUCCAUGUUGAAGACUGCAUUAAGCCACCAGUUGCUGUGCAGCCCAUUACUACUGUCAGCAGUGUUGAGUCAACACCUGCAGCUGUCACUCCUUCAGCCUCCACCACCACCACUACCAGCAGGCCGGCUAGCCCAGGCCUCUCCACGACACGCUCCACCCCGGGUCUCCCUGGGCCCCUCACCACCACCACUACCAGCAGGCCGGCUAGCCCAGGCCUCUCCACCGCACGCUCCACCCCGGGUCCCCCUGGGCCCCUCACCACCACCACUACCAGCAGGCCGGCUAGCCCAGGCCUCUCCACCGCACGCUCCACCCCGGGUCUCCCUGGGCCCCUCACCACCACCUCCAUCCAGCCUCCCUACACCACCACCCCUUCAGACACAGUCCCCACCACUGCAGCCACCACCACCAUUCCUAUUGUCUCAACUUCUGCUUUGGAUGCUCUGACCACCUCUGCUAAAGUACCGACCACAGUGACUGAUAAGGUGGUUCUGCUCAGCACCUCUUCGGCCGGUCCGACUCCAGAGGGAACCAGUGCAGCAGCAACACCCUCCCCUCCAUCCUGGGCCACCACAGUCAGACCUGAGGUGGUGGAGGUUGUAUCUACAGUGAAGACAUCUCCAUCCUUACCCUCCACUACAGAAGGCAGUACAGAGAGGACGACCAGGGCCCCCAGCUCCACACCUAGCCCCCUAGGCCCCAGCACAGAGAGGACCAGCCAGGUGCCCUUCUCUAUCACAGCUCUGUUCUGGCUCACGUCCUCAACCACCAGGCCCUCUCUACGCCCAGGGCCUACAGACACCACAUUCACCAGCCCCCCUCCAUCCACUACCAUGGGCCCCUGGAUAAGCUCCACCAUGGGGCCUACUCAGACCAGCACCCUGCCUGCAGUACCAGUCACCCCCACCAGUGUGACCACUAAGGCCACCACACGUCCAGGAGACACAGUGACUCCAGUCUCAACCACCUCUAGUCCACAGCCAACCACAGUCUCAGAGACACCCAGGGACACAGCUUGGACUACAACUAGGACUACAACCAGGUCUACAGCCAUGACUACAGCUUCUAUAACCACCCUUGGUGCACCCACAGAGACAAGCACAAAGCCUGUUGCUGUGGAGACAACCGAGCCAACAACAACCAAAGUCCUCCCUCCUGGUGUAUCGACUACAGCCGAUACCACAGUACCCUCUCUCUCACCGACCUCCACCGUUCACACCGUAACAACAACACCACCAGAACCCACUUCAAAACACAGCCCAGUAUCAGCCUCACCAGAAACCCCUUUCACUACUCUCAGAACUACGCCGCCCGCACGCCCGGAGACAACACCACCACUUGUUUUCACGGCAACCACAGAGAAGACCGUUCACGCCUCCCCUACAGAGCUGAGGACGUCCACAACUCCAGUUCCUGAUCUACCAACUACCACCGCUGUUCCCAUGCUGCCAACGACAACAACAAUAUCAACCGGUCUUACCUCAGAACAACCGGCGAGAGCACCGGUCUCAACGGCAACAACGGAACCCUUGGCAAAGACCCAUGUAACCAUGACACCGGCUGUAGUCACACCUGUGAUUGUCGUAGACACGGUAACAACGACAUCUCACCUGACAACAACAGCUACGGCCUACACUGAAAGGACCUCCUGGUCUGGCGCUGUUCCGACCACAGAGAGAACCACAGAACACACGACCACAACCGCAUACCCUUCCGAAGCUGUGGACUGGGGACUGACCACUACUACCGGUCCCCCGACCGUACGGACCACAACAACUCAACCCAUACCAACGGAAAUCUCCAGGACGACCACCAAACCUCCAGACCUUCUGGUAACGACCACAGAGUCCACCCAGACCACCUUCACCUCUCCUUCCAUCUCGACCACAACAGAAGCAGUGGUCCCAACCACAACCACAUCGCCUGUAUCACCGGUGUCACACACAGAGACCACCACGACCGUGCCAGGUCCACCAGUGACUGUAGGGACCGUAACGACCCAGCCUCCCACCACACUGAAGACCACGGAACCUUGGAGGCCCCCCCACAGCGAAACCUCCUCCUCUCCUUCUAGCCCUAUCUCUAGCACAGAGAGUGUGACCACACCUGAGGUCAGUACAGAAGUAGAGGUCUCUCCACACCAAGUCAUCUCCACUAACACCACUGAUGCUCUUCACCACGUUGCUACAGUGCCAGGCGUCACCACCACAACCUCAGUUACCAUGACGACCACUGCCAAAACCACCACAGCUCCGCCCGAGACUUCAACCGGCGCAUUUUCAACCUCCAGGACGGAGAGACCUCCUGCGACACCCGAAUCCCCGGCCGUGCCUGGUGUACCUGGGGAACCAGCAUUAUCUCUCACCACAACGGUCCCCAUGACAACUGUCCCACCUUUACCUGGUGUCCAUACAACCACCAUCACACCUGUACCUGGUGUCCCAGUGACCACUGUCCCACCUUUACCUGGUGUCCAUACGACCACCAUCACACCUGCACCUGGUGUCCCAGUGACCACUGUUCCACCUUUACCUGGUGUCCAUACGACCACCAUCACACCUGUACCUGGUGUCCAUACGACCACCAUCACACCUGUACCUGGUGUCCCAGUGACCACUGUCACACCUGUACCUGGUGUCCCAGUGACCACUGUUCCACCUUUACCUGGUGUCCAUACGACCACCAUCACACCUGUACCUGGUGUCCCAGUGACCACUGUCACACCUGUACCUGGUGUCCCAGUGACCACUGUCACACCUGUACCUGGUGUCCCAGUGACCACUGUUCCACCUUUACCUGGUGUCCAUACUACCACCAUCACACCUGUACCUGGUGUCCCAGUGACCACCAUCACACCUGUACCUGGUGUCCCAGUGACCACUGCCAUCAGACCAGUGACUAUCAGACCGCUAACAGAGACCACUAGCGUUCCUCCCGAUACAGGAAGGGUGGAAGUAUUGUCUACUACUUCCACAACAACUACACAAGAACCAACUUCUUCCUGGUCUGGUCCAGUAACCACAACCAGCUCCUCGUCCUCCACCACGUCAGUUCCCAGACCCACUAGCCACCCAGAGAGAGUCACUACCAGAGUGGUUUCUACUUCUAAAGUGGUCUCCAAGACCACCCGCAGACCAAUGACAACAACACGCAGGACGACAACAGGCAAGGUUCCCAUGACGACGUCCAGAAGUGCCACAACGGUGAGGUCCACCGCCAGACCGAGCACUGUUAGGGCAACUGUAGAUACAAGGACUCUGGGACUACCAGUGGUUCCGACAGCGACGACCAGACCUGGUCCUCCUACGGUCGCUCCUCCUAGCCUCGGCACAGCUACCAUCUCAGAGGUUGUUCCAACCACGACCGCUCGUCCCGCGACCAAACCAGUCACCAGAACCAGAACCACAGAAUAUGCAGCAGACGUUAGCAGCUCCGCCGCUCCGACCGGCACCGGCACGACCACAUCCACUUCUGUUCCUAGCCUGACCACGGUCACAGAAUCUACCGCCGUCCCCACAGGACCCACAGGAGCGACCGCAGAACCAUCCACAUCCAUCACUACUACACCAGAAGGAAUAGUACCAUCCAUCACUACUACACCAGAAGGAAUAGUACCAUCCACCACUAGAGAGACAGGGGUUACUCCAGCAUUCACAGAGAGCACAACCAGAAUGACUCCUUCGCCUGACCUGCUGACCUCUACAGAGGUCGCAGCCACUCCAGGGGUCACACUAGAUGUGACAGCAGAUCUCUCAGUCCCCUUGCCCCCCACGGCCACCCCAUCCUCCGCUACAGAGCCAGAGAGGGUGGACGGAGUAGACACCACUACACCAAAGACUCCAUCACCAUCACCUGUGUCGCCGUACACCACAUCAGAGACAACCACGUCACCAUCGGUACUAUCACCAUAUACCACGACAGAACGUGUUGGACCUACGGCAGAGGUUACUACAUCCAUGGCAGUGUCCUCAACUAGGAUGUGUACUCCUCCCUAUUCAGAGAUCAUAGAUGAGUGUACCAAGUUCCUCUGUGUGAGCGGCCAGCUGGUCCGAUUCAACAUGUCCCAGAACUGUCUGUAUAACUCCACCCCUCCUAACUGCGGCCUGCUCGGCUUCGCCAUCCUGGUCAACGGGGACAAGUGCUGCCCGCAGUGGGACUGCCCAUGUCGCUGCUCAGUGUUCCCCGACCUGAACGUGAUCACGUUUGAUGGUAACAGCGUGGCCAUCUACAAGGCUACCUCCUACAUUGUGACCCAGCUGCCCAGCGAGACUGUCAGCAUCGUGGUCCAGGAAUGCCCCGCUGACUCAGACACGCUGCUGUGGAAUUUCACCAACCUGUGUCUAGUGGUUUUGAACAUUACCCACAAGUCCAACCACCUGGUCAUCAACAGACUGCAGAGGAGGCUGUAUGUGAACUCGAGGUACGCCAAGCCGAGGUUCAAGAAGUUUGGCUUUGAGAUCCUGGACACCGGCAACAUGUAUCUGAUCCGGACACCAGCGGGCCUGAAGCUGCAGUGGUUCCACAGCACGGGCAUGUUGGUCAUCGAGACAGAGAGCUACAACAGCAAACUGCCCACCAUGGGCCUCUGUGGCUGCUGUGAUGGUAACCCGGCCAACGACCUGAUGCUGUCCAAUGGGACGACAGUCGGGGAGAGCGAGGACCCAGCGGUGUUCAUCGACAGCUGGCAGGUCCCCAACACCACUAGUUACAUCAGCCACAGCCGGCGCAGAGAAGUCAACUGUUCCACCAGCGACUGUUCCCAGUGUAUGACCAUGCUCCGAAACACCUCCUUCAGCCCCUGCCAUGCUUUUGUUCCUCCCAGUACGUUCUGUGAGGUGUGGGUUCGUGACGCGGAGUACGUCAACAACCCGUGUGUAGCGUUGGCUGCCUACGUGGCGUCUUGUCAUAAGUUCAACGUCUGCAUGGAGUGGAGGAGCUCAGACUACUGUCCCUUCAUGUGUCCAGACCAGCUGCGUUACCAGGCCUGUCUGCUGACCUGUACAGCCCAGUCCUGCUCCAACCAUGACUUUGACCACGACCCUGAGCAGUGUACAGGCCUGACAGAGGGAUGUGUCUGUCCUGAGGGCACUCUGCUCCAUCGACCCUACUCUGCCCUCUGCAUCCCCCCUGAGAAGUGUGCCUGUACGGACAGUUCCGGUGUACCCCGUGCUCCUGGCGAGGUGUGGAAGGCGUCUAAAGAUGGCUGCUGUAUGUAUCGCUGUGACAACGACAAUAUCGUUCCCGUGGAGUAUAACUGUUCCGCCGUGCCUCAGCCGCUCUGCCGCAGGGCCGGGGAAGUGGUCAUCAGUCUGGCAGACGACACCUCCUGCUGCCCACAGAAAGCCUGCGUUUGUAACCAGACCCUGUGUGACAUCUUCCCCCCGGAGUGUCAGUAUGGAGAGAAGCUGGUGUCUUACUUCAGAGAGGACUCCUGCUGUCCAGACUACGUCUGUGAGUGUGACCCAGAGCGCUGUGAGUCAGACAUCCCAGCCUGUAGAGAGGACCAGACCCGCAUCGCCACCAGGGCUGAUGGCAGCUGCUGCCUGGCACACAUCUGUAUGUGUGGUUCAUGUUUGGAGGUGGUUCCAAACUGCCAGGAUGGAGAGGUGUUGACAGUGGACGCCAACAGUACAGACCUCUGCUGUCCUGUCUACCACUGUGUGUGUGAGCCGUACCGGUGUGCUGAGUUGUCAUGUCCCUUGGGGAUGUCUGCUGUCACCGUGUCCCCUCCAGACCACUGCUGUCCCCUGCACACCUGCGAGUGUGCGUGUGACACACUGUCGAAGCCAAAAUGUCUUCUGGGAGAGACCAUGCAGGUGGACAGGGCUUUCCUAACAGACCCAACUAACCAGUGUUCCUGUAAGAGAUUUAACUGUGUGCGUGAGGCGGUGUGUGUGGACGGGGAGCGGGGUGUUAUGCGUCCGGGACAGACCCUCGUGGAUCACAGUGAGGAGGGGGUGUGUCUCACCACCCAGUGUAGCCACAGUCUGGAUCCCACCACGGGCUUCCACCACCUCCGCACCGCUGCCACCAACUGCUCUGCUCAGUGCCAACCGAACCAGAUAUACAUCCCUCCCAAAGACCAAACGAUGUGCUGUGGUGUCUGCAAGAACAUCUCCUGUCUCUACCACAAUGACAACGGUACUGCACUCCUCUACAAGCCUGGGAAGUCGUGGGUGUCAGACUGUAUGAAGUAUGACUGUACCGACACACUGUCAGGCCCUACCCUGGUGUCCUACUCAUUCAGCUGUCCACCCUUCAACCAGACAGAGUGUAUGAAGAUUGGUGGAACCAUUGUAAGUUACAUGGAUGGAUGCUGCAAGACAUGUAAAGAAGAUGGGAAGUCCUGUCAGAAGGUGACAGUAAGGAUGACGAUACGGAAGAACGACUGUCGCAGUAACAGACCGGUCAACAUAGUGUCAUGUGACGGGAAGUGUCCGUCGGCCAGUAUUUACAACUACAACAUCAACACGUACGCCAGGUUCUGUAAGUGCUGCCGUGAGAUGGGGCUGCAGAGGCGCUCCGUGCAGCUCUACUGCAGUGGCAACUCCACGUGGGUCAACUACUCUAUACAGGAACCCACCGACUGCUCCUGCCAGUGGUCUUAGUGGCCACAAAGAGACACACACAUGACCGUAUGAACACAAAUUACAUAUACACGCACACACACACACACUGCAGAGACACUACUAUUGUAUGUCAGAGGGACAAGAGAAGGUUGGGUAUACGUUGAGUGGGUUUGUGGCUUUGGGCAGUUGAAGGUGGGUAGGGAUGUGUAUGGUUGAGUGGGUUUGGGGCUUUGGGCAGUUGAAGGUGGGUAGGGAUGUGUAUGGUUGAGUGGGUUUGGGGCUUUGGGCAGUUGAAGGUGGGUAGGGAUGUGUAUGGUUGAGUGGGUUUGGGGCUUUGGGCAGUUGAAGGUGGGUAGGGAUGUGUAUGGUUGAGUGGGUUUGGGGCUUUGGGCAGUUGAAGGUGGGUAGGGAUGUGUAUGAACACAGCACAUGAUGGCGUCUAUACAGGCUGAGAGGAGGAGGAAGCUAUGAAUGGCUGUCAUCCUACCUAACCAAAAGGCAUCGUUACACUUCAUGUUGUUGUUUUUUGUUUCUCUUUAUUUAAACUCUGCAUUUCUAUCUCUGAGAGUCAGUCUAGAUGUCAGGUAACUUUGUGUAUCCAGAGCUGUAGGUUCAGUUUCGGUUGGAAAUGGUGUAUUUCACAGUUUGUUACUCUUCAUAUAUCUCAUUGGUAGCUCUUUCAGAGGCGUGGUCAAGUCCACAAAAAGCCACAACAAUUUGAAACAUAAUUUGAGUAUGUUUUCGUUGACAUUAAGAAUACACAGCUUUAGUACUGUAGCUAAAUUCAACUCCAAAGUGUAUUGUACUACACAUACACUACCAUUCAAACGUCUGGGGUCACUUUGAAAUGUCCUUGUACACAAUAACUACAACUAGCUGAUACACAAUAACUACAACUAGCUGAUACACAAUAACUAACUGAUACACAAUAACUACAACUAACUGAUACACAAUAACUACAACUAACUGAUACACAAUAACUACAACUAACUGAUACACAAUAACUACAACUAACUGAUACACAAUAACUACAACUAACUGAUACACAAUAACUACAACUAACUGAUACACAAUAACUACAACUAACUGAUACACAAUAACUACAACUAACUGAUACACAAUAACUACAACUAACUGAUACACAAUAACUACAACUAACUGAUACACUACAACUACAACUAACUGAUACACUACAACUACAACUAACUGAUACACUACAACUACAACUAACUGAUACACUACAACUACAACUAACUGAUACACUACAACUACAACUAACUGAUACACUACAACUACAACUAACUGAUACACAACAACUACAACUAACUGAUACACAAUAACUACAACUAACUGAUACACAAUAACUACAACUAACUGAUACACAACAACUACAACUAACUGAUACACAACAACUAACUGAUACACAACAACUAACUGAUACACUACAACUACAACUAACUGAUACACUACAACUACAACUAACUGAUACACUACAACUACAACUAACUGAUACACAAUAACUACAACUAGCUGAUACACAAUAACUACAACUAGCUGAUACACAAUAACUACAACUAACUGAUAUGCAAAAUGGUGAAACUGUGUAGCAAAAAUAAGCAAACGUGUGCAGCCCCGCAAGUAUGUGGUAUCCAUUUUGUGUAUCGAACUGUGGCCUUGUGGGGCGUACAUACCUAGUGUAGGAAUUAGAUCUGACUCGAAGCCAGCCCCACUCUAUAUGUAGGUAAAACGUGAGAGUAUUUAGUCCAACAUUAACACUGAAUUCAGACAUCAAAUUGUGCCUCAUUUUGUACAUAAAUACAUUCCCUGUCUUUGUGCCUUUUGUGGAAGUAAAUAUUUUUACAUUUAAAAAAAUAUAUAUAUAUUUAGAUGUAAUACUUUUAGAGAGUUUUAACACUUCAAUCUGCUGUAUAUCAAGUGAUAUUAAAUAUGCUUAAUGUAACCAUACUAGAGGUGUUGCUGAAUAAUUACGAAUCAAGCUGUAUGUCGAGCACUUUAUUUAUUUUCUGUUCAACUUAGCACAGCGUUCAUUAUUUUGGUAUUGGUGAUUUUUGUCAACACAGUUUUGUCAAGCAUUUGGUCCUGAUAUAUUUAAUCGACACUAGCACAAGCCAAAACUGGUUUGGUUGCAGACCAGAAGUUAUUAUUUUUUUUAACAACUUUAAUUUGUGGACAUUUUUUGAAAUUGAGAAUGUUAGGGGGGAAAACAAUGUAAAUGGAUUUUUACUGAGAGGUUGAAAGAAUCGCUUUUUUGAAAUCACUUUGUUUAUAAUACAGUAACUUGGUUGACAAUAAGGUCUCCCGUUUUUACAUCUUCAAAAUGUGUUUUUUUGUCACUUGAUCGUAUACAUAUUUUUAACAAAUAAAUAUUCACAGCAUAAUACAAAUUUUGUGAAAUGUGUGGUGUCAAUAAUAAGAGUUGUGAUUGCUUAUGCUUAACGUGUUUUCAAUAAGUUAAGUUCAUUGUAAAGCUAAUUGUUGAAUUGUGUUAUUAUUGGGGAUAUGAAACAACGCCCACAGGUUAGUGUAGUGAAACUGAACGUGUACCAUACUAAAUGUACAUUUGAAUUUUCAAUAAAUAUUUCCUUAGAAAA